CGGCGGCGGCGCCGGGUGGGGAUGGGGUCGCAGACGCUGCAGAUCCUCCGGCAGGGGGUGUGGGCCGCGCUCAGCGGGGGCUGGUACUACGACCCGCACCAGGCCACCUUCGUGAACGCUCUGCACCUCUACCUGUGGCUCUUUCUGCUCGGCCUGCCCUUCACCCUGUACAUGGCUCUUCCUUCUUCAAUGAUUAUAGUAGCAGUUUAUUGUCCUGUGAUAGCUGCUGUUUUCAUUGUUCUGAAGAUGGUCAACUAUCGACUCCACAGAGCACUUGAUGCUGGAGAAGUUGUAGAUAGGAACGCAAAUGAGUUCCCAGAUCAGCGAGCCAAAGCUGAGCAAGGCAACUGUUCAUCUAGAAGAAAAGACAGUAAUGGACCGAGUGAUCCUGGUGGAGGGAUUGAAAUGUCUGAGUUCAUUCGAGAGGCCACACCCCCAGUUGGUUGCAGUUCAAGAAAUUCUUAUGCUGGCCUAGAUCCAAGCAACCAGAUUGGAUCUGGUUCCUCUCGUCUUGGGACAGCAGCAACUAUUAAAGGAGAUACAGACACCGCUAAGACUUCUGAUGAUAUCAGUUUAAGUCUGGGCCAGAGCUCUAGUCUUUGUAAGGAAGGAAGUGAAGAACAAGAUCUGGCAACUGAUCGGAAGCUCUUCCGUCUAGUCUCCAAUGAUUCCUUCAUCUCCAUUCAGCCUUCCUUAUCUUCCUGUGGACAGGACUUACCAAGGGACUUCAGUGACAAAGUGAGCUUGCCAAGUCACAGCCACCACCACCACAUUGAUCAGUCUCUGUCCAACGCCUGUGACACAGAAGUAGCUUCUCUUGUCCCUUUACAUUCACACUCUUACAGGAAAGAUCACCGGCCACGAGGUGUACCACGGACUUCUAGCUCUGCUGUGGCUUUUCCAGACACUUCACUGAAUGACUUCCCUCUCUAUCAGCAAAGACGGGGCUUAGAUCCAGUUAGUGAGUUAGAAUCUUCUAAGCCUCAUUCUGGAUCCAAAGAAUCCUUGGUGGAAAAUUCUUGUUUGUCUGGAGAAUUUCAGCUUGUUGGUGAGCUGAAAAACAGUAGUUCUCAGCCACCUACAAAAAGUGGGAAGAGCAAACCUUUGAAAGCAGACAAAAGCAUGGAUAGCCUGAGGAGCCUGAGCACACGGAGUAGUGGGUCGACAGAGAGCUAUUGCAGUGGAACGGACCGGGACACCAACAGUACUGUCAGUAGCUACAAAAGUGAGCAGACCAGCUCAACUCACAUAGAGAGCAUCUUGUCAGAGCAUGAGGAGUCUCCUAGAGUAGGAAAGAAAAGUGGUAGGAAGAAAGAGGGCUGUGCUGACCCAGAGGGCAAGAGCAGCUGUACCACUGACAAAAGGACUAGCAGUGAAAAGACUGCCUUGGAAGGAAGUACCAACAGUGGGGUUCAAGAGGCCAAGGAUUCCAAUACCUCCGAUGAUAUGCACAAUCAGAGAGAUCUCAGCACCUCUGCAUCUGAAGAAGCCAAUAAAAAUCCCCAUGCAAAUGAAUUUACGUCACAGGGGGACAGACCACUCGAGAAAACUGCCGAAAACAAAGAGGAGCAGAGUGAUAAGUCCGCUGUUUCAGUGGACUCAAAAGUUGCUAAAGACAGUGGUGGAAAGCAAAAGGAAGGGGAUGUACGACCUAAAUCGUCUAGCUUGAUCCACCGGACAGCCUCUGCCCAUAAAUCAGGCCGGAGACGGACAGGAAAAAAACGGGCCAGCAGUUUUGAUUCAAGUCGGCAUAGGGACUAUGUUUCUUUUCGAGGUGUUGCUGGUACAAAGCCACAUAGUGCUAUAUUCUGUCACGAUGAGGACUCUAGCGACCAAAGUGACUUGAGCAGAGCAUCAAGUGUUCAGUCCGCCCACCAGUUCAGCAGUGAUAGCUCUUCUAGCACCACCUCUCAUUCAUGCCAGUCUCCUGAGGGCAGAUACAGUGCCCUCAAGGCCAAACACGUCCCUAAAGAAAGGGGCACUGACUCUGAGCAUGCACACAAAGCCCAUCUGGGUCCUGAAGGAACGGGCAAAAAGCGGACAGCACGUCGGACUUCCAGCACAAACAGUGCCAAGACCCGGGCCCGGGUGUUGAGCCUGGACAGUGGCACGGUAGCGUGUUUGAAUGACUCCAAUAGGCUGAUGGCACCCGAAAGUAUAAAACCCUUAACCACUUCAAAAUCAGAUCUUGAGGCCAAAGAGGGAGAGGUGCUAGAUGAGCUAUCUUUAUUGGGCCGGGCUUCCCAGUUAGAGACAGUCACUCGGUCAAGGAAUAGCUUGCCAAGCCAGGUUGCAUUUCCUGAAGGCGAAGAGCAAGAUGCAGGCAGUGGAGAACAAAAUCUUGGCAUGCUGGUGUUAGCAUCAUCCUUGGCUGACAUGGAAACGGCGCAGGCCAGCGAGGAGACAGUGUCAUUCCGCCGUGAACGCAGCACAUUUAGGCGCCAGGCAGUGCGGCGCCGGCACAAUGCAGGGAGUAACCCUACCCCUCCCGCAUUGCUCAUCGGAUCACCCCUAAGCCUUCAAGAUGGUCAGCAAGGCCAGCAGUCCACAGCCCAGGUCAAAGUCCAGUCCCGCCCCCCUUCCCAGGCUGCAGUGCUCAGUGCUAGUGCGUCCUUGCUGGUGAGAAAUGGGAGUAUCCACUUAGAAGCCUCACAUGACAAUGCAUCUGCUGUAGGCGGCAGCAGUUUGCACGAUGAACUUGGUAAGUUCUCUUCUACGCUUUAUGAGACUGGUGGCUGUGAUAUGUCACUUGUGAAUUUUGAACCAGCAGCAAGAAGAGCAUCCAAUAUCUGUGACACGGAUUCUCAUGUAUCCAGUUCUACCUCAGUUCGAUUUUAUCCACAUGAUGUGAUUCGAUUGAACAGACUAUUGACCAUCGAUACAGAUUUGUUGGAGCAACAAGACAUUGAUCUAAGCCCUGACUUGGCAGCUACUUACGGUCCAACAGAAGAAGCUGCUCAAAAGGUUAAACACUAUUAUCGCUUUUGGAUCUUACCCCAGCUAUGGAUCGGCAUUAACUUUGACAGACUCACACUUUUGGCCCUGUUUGAUAGAAAUCGUGAGAUUCUGGAAAAUGUGUUAGCUGUCAUCCUGGCUAUUCUUGUGGCUUUUUUGGGAUCUAUUCUUCUCAUACAAGGCUUCUUCAGAGAUAUCUGGGUCUUCCAGUUCUGCCUAGUGAUAGCCAGCUGUCAAUACUCACUACUUAAGAGUGUUCAACCAGAUUCUUCUUCUCCCAGACAUGGCCAUAAUCGUAUCAUUGCCUACAGUAGACCAGUUUAUUUCUGUUUAUGUUGUGGUCUUAUUUGGCUCUUGGAUUAUGGUAGCAGAAACCUUACUACAACCAAGUUCAAAUUAUAUGGAAUAACUUUCACUAAUCCACUGGUGUUUAUAUCAGCCAGGGAUUUAGUUAUAGUGUUUACACUCUGUUUCCCAAUAGUAUUUUUCAUUGGUCUCCUGCCUCAGGUGAAUACAUUUGUAAUGUACCUUUGUGAGCAAUUGGAUAUUCAUAUCUUCGGUGGUAAUGCCACUACAAGCUUGCUUGCAGCACUUUACAGUUUUAUCUGUAGCAUUGUGGCAGUAGCCUUACUAUAUGGAUUGUGUUAUGGCGCUUUAAAGGAUUCUUGGGAUGGCCAGCAUAUUCCAGUACUUUUCUCCAUUUUUUGUGGUUUAUUAGUGGCAGUAUCCUAUCAUCUCAGCCGACAAAGCAGCGAUCCAUCUGUACUAUUCUCUUUGGUGCAAUCCAAGAUUUUUCCAAAAACAGAAGAGAAAAAUCCAGAAGACCCUCUGUCUGAAGUAAAAGAUCCACUGCCUGAAAAACUUAGAAAUUCUGUUAGUGAGCGUUUACAGUCUGACCUAGUAGUAUGCAUUGUAAUUGGUGUGCUAUAUUUUGCUAUUCAUGUAAGCACAGUGUUCACAGUAUUGCAGCCUGCUCUCAAGUAUGUAUUGUAUGCAUUGGUCGGCUUUGUGGGUUUUGUAACCCAUUAUGUGUUGCCUCAACUCAGAAAACAGCUACCAUGGCACUGCUUCUCCCACCCUCUGCUGAAGACAGUGGAGUACAAUCAGUACGAAGUUCGGAAUGCAGCCACUAUGAUGUGGUUUGAGAAACUUCACGUGUGGCUUCUUUUUGUGGAGAAGAAUAUCAUCUAUCCAUUGAUUGUUCUCAGUGAACUUAGUAACAGUGCAGAGACAAUUGCUAGUCCAAAAAAACUGGAUACAGAGUUAGGUGCUUUAAUGAUCACCAUUGCUGGUCUGAAGUUGCUACGGUCCUCUUUUAGCAGCCCUACAUAUCAGUAUGUCACAGUCAUCUUUACUGUGCUGUUCUUCAAAAUUGACUAUGAAGCAUUUUCAGAGACCAUGCUGUUGGAUCUCUUCUUCAUGUCCAUACUCUUCAACAAGCUUUGGGAACUCCUUUAUAAAUUGCAGUUUGUAUACACUUACAUUGCCCCAUGGCAGAUUACAUGGGGCUCUGCUUUCCAUGCUUUUGCUCAGCCCUUUGCAGUGCCCCAUUCAGCCAUGUUGUUUGUUCAGGCUGCUGUAUCUGCCUUUUUUUCUACUCCACUAAAUCCCUUUCUGGGAAGUGCAAUAUUCAUCACUUCAUAUGUUCGACCUGUGAAAUUCUGGGAGAGAGACUAUAACACAAAACGGGUGGAUCAUUCAAAUACCAGAUUGGCUUCCCAGCUUGAUAGAAAUCCAGGAUCAGAUGACAACAAUCUGAAUUCCAUCUUUUAUGAACAUUUAACUAGAUCCCUACAACACAGUCUCUGUGGUGAUUUGCUCCUAGGACGAUGGGGAAACUACAGUACAGGGGACUGUUUCAUUCUUGCCUCUGACUACCUCAAUGCAUUAGUACACCUUAUAGAGAUAGGCAAUGGGUUGGUCACUUUCCAGCUGCGGGGACUUGAAUUCAGAGGUACUUACUGUCAACAACGGGAAGUGGAGGCCAUUACUGAAGGCGUUGAAGAAGAUGAAGGAUUUUGCUGUUGUGAACCUGGCCAUAUUCCUCAUGUGCUUUCAUUUAAUGCUGCAUUUAGCCAGCGCUGGCUAGCUUGGGAAGUGAUAGUCACUAAGUAUAUUCUGGAGGGUUAUAGUAUCACUGACAAUAGUGCUGCCUCUAUGCUUCAAGUCUUUGAUCUUCGGAAAGUCCUCACCACUUACUAUGUCAAGGGUAUCAUUUACUAUGUUACAACUUCUUCUAAACUGGAGGAGUGGCUAGCCAAUGAAACAAUGCAGGAAGGACUACGUCUGUGUGCAGAUCGAAAUUAUGUUGAUGUGGACCCAACAUUUAAUCCAAACAUUGAUGAAGACUAUGACCAUCGACUGGCUGGCAUAUCCAGGGAGAGUUUCUGUGUGAUUUACCUCAACUGGAUAGAAUAUUGCUCUUCCCGAAGAGCGAAGCCACUGGAUGUUGACAAAGAUUCAUCUCUGGUGACUCUUUGUUACGGACUUUGCGUUCUGGGACGGAGAGCUUUGGGGACUGCAUCCCACCAUAUGUCCAGUAAUUUAGAGUCAUUCCUCUAUGGAUUGCAUGCCCUAUUUAAGGGAGAUUUCCGUAUUUCUUCAAUUCGAGAUGAAUGGAUCUUCGCUGACAUGGAAUUGCUAAGGAAAGUCGUAGUCCCGGGAAUCCGCAUGUCCAUUAAACUCCAUCAGGAUCAUUUCACUUCUCCAGAUGAGUAUGAUGACCCUACUGUGCUCUAUGAAGCCAUUGUGUCUCAUGAAAAGAACCUCGUAAUAGCCCAUGAAGGGGACCCUGCAUGGCGGAGUGCAGUCCUUGCCAACUCUCCCUCCCUUCUCGCUCUGCGGCAUGUCAUGGAUGAUGGCACCAAUGAAUAUAAGAUCAUCAUGCUGAAUAGACGCUAUCUGAGCUUUAGGGUCAUUAAGGUUAAUAAGGAAUGUGUCCGAGGUCUUUGGGCAGGACAACAGCAAGAGCUUGUUUUUCUACGUAACCGUAACCCAGAGAGAGGUAGCAUCCAAAAUGCAAAACAAGCUCUGAGAAACAUGAUAAACUCAUCUUGUGAUCAGCCUAUUGGCUACCCAAUCUUUGUCUCACCCCUGACAACUUCUUACUCUGACAGCCAUGAACAGCUUAAAGAAAUCCUUGGGGGACCUAUCAGUUUGGGAAAUAUCAGAAACUUCAUAGUGUCAACCUGGCACAGGUUAAGGAAAGGGUGUGGGGCUGGCUGUAACAGCGGUGGCAAUAUUGAAGAUGGGGACACUGGAGGUGGGAUGUCCUGCACCAGCAACAAUGCCACGAGUGCCAGUGACCCCCAUAGCAGUGUGUCCCAGGGAAGCACUGGAAAUCCAGCGCCAGGGUCGGGAGCAGGACUCCAUCCACCGGUCACAUCUUAUCCUCCAGCACUAGGCACUAGCCACAGCUCCCACUCCGUACAGUCAAGCCUGGUUAGACAGUCCCCUGCUCGCGCCUCAGUGGCCAGCCAGUCUUCUUACUGCUACAGCAGCCGGCACUCGUCGCUCCGGAUGUCCACCACGGGAUUUGUGCCUUGUCGGCGCUCUUCCACGAGUCAGAUAUCACUUCGAAACUUACCGUCCUCCAUCCAGUCCCGCCUCUCUAUGGUGAACCAGAUGGAGCCCUCCGGUCAGAGCGGCAUGGCCUGUGUGCAGCAUGGCCUGCCUUCUUCCAGCAGCUCCAGCCAGAGCAUCCCAGCCUGCAAACAUCACACUCUCGUGGGCUUUCUUGGGACAGAGGGAGGUCAGAGCAGUGCCACUGAUGCCCAGCCAGGCAACACCUUAAGUCCUGCCAAUAAUUCACACACCAAAAGGGGGGACGUGAUUUACCGAGUCCAAAUUGUCGAUCCCAGUCAGAUUCUGGAUGGGAUCAACCUGUCAAAAAGGAAAGAGCUGCAGUGGCCUGAGGAGUCUAUUCGGUUAAAAGCUGGGAGAAACAGCUGGAAAGACUGGAGUCCUCAGGAGGGCAUGGAAGGCCAUGUGAUUCACCGAUGGGUGCCUUGCAGCAGAGAUCCAGGUACUAGAUCCCACAUCGACAAGACAGUACUUCUGGUCCAGAUUGAUGAUAAAUAUGUGACUGUCAUUGAAACGGGGGUACUAGAACUUGGGGCCGAAGUGUGAGCCAGUGUUUUAUAACUACGUUUCUUUGCCCUCUCCAUUCCAAGACAUUGGAAAAAGAGAGGAGAGCGUGGAAGAUGCCUGCAGGUAUUCCUUUGCUCCUGUAUGGGAGAGACUUGGACGGAGAGCGGGCUUGGUUAAGCGCCUCUCCUUUGCCCUUCACCCUGACUCCUGUCACUGUCUCCAUCCCCAAAUAAAGCUGAAAUAUUUUUUUAAGUUAGCUACCAAGAAAACAUUUUGCAUGAAGGAUAAAGUUCUGUUAAAAAUACAUCCUUAAAAAAAGCUU